CCAAGCUCUUUGCUGGUUGGUAAACACAUCGCCGCGCAGGCGCAGUGGAUACUUGGAACACCUGUGCAAGCACUGGAUUUUGCCCAGCGACAUCUUAAAGGAAGCAGGCUGUGAGCCAAGGGGAAGGCAGAGGACAGAUAUGAGCGUGUCCCCAAGAUUUCCUGGUGGUUUAUGGCAUUCUCCAAACUCCUAUGCAAGGUCUGUGCCUGACCAAGAAGACCCAAGGAGACCUUCUCAGAAAUCAAGUCCGGAUGAAGAACUAAGAGAAAAAAAGUGAAUAUGGUUUUUGCUCACAGAAUGGAUCACAGCAAGCCACCUUUGGUUAUUCCUACACCUCUGGUGUCCCUCCAGAACCACAGCUGCACUGAAACAGCCACGCCUCUGCCAAGCCAUGACCUGAUGGAUUUAUAUGAGGAGCCCAACUGGAUGAGCAACAGAACAGACCUUCAAUAUGGACUGAAACCGGGGGAAGUGGCCACAGCCAGCAUUUUCUUUGGGGCUCUGUGGUUGUUUUCUAUCUUUGGCAACUCCCUGGUUUGUUUGGUUAUCCAUAGGAGCAGGAGGACUCAGUCUACCACCAACUACUUUGUGGUCUCCAUGGCCUGUGCUGACCUUCUCAUAAGCGUGGCCAGCACUCCAUUUGUCCUGCUCCAGUUCACCACUGGAAGGUGGACAUUGGGUACCGCAAUGUGCAAGAUGGUGCGAUACUUUCAAUAUCUCACUCCAGGUGUCCAGAUCUACGUUCUCCUCUCCAUCUGCAUUGACCGGUUCUACACCAUUGUCUACCCACUGAGCUUUAAGGUGUCCAGAGAAAAAGCCAAGAAAAUGAUUGCAGCAUCAUGGAUCUUUGAUGCAGCCUUUGUGACCCCCGUGUUCUUUUUCUAUGGCUCCAACUGGGACAGUCACUGUAACUAUUUCCUCCCUUCCUCUUGGGAAGGAACUGCUUACACUGUCAUCCACUUCUUGGUGGGCUUUGUGAUUCCAUCUGUCCUCAUAAUCUUAUUUUACCAGAAGGUCAUAAAGUAUAUUUGGAGGAUAGGUACUGAUGGCCGAACAGUGAGGAGGACAAUGAACAUUGUCCCAAGGACAAAAGUGAAAACAGUCAAGAUGUUCCUCAUUUUAAAUCUGUUGUUCUUGUUUUCUUGGCUGCCUUUUCAUGUAGUUCAGCUGUGGCACCCCCAUGAACAUGAUUAUAAGAAAAGUUCCCUUGUUUUCACAGCUGUCACAUGGAUAUCCUUUAGUUCUUCAGCCUCUAAACCUACUCUGUAUUCAAUUUAUAAUGCCAAUUUUAGGAGAGGAAUGAAAGAGACUUUUUGCAUGUCCUCAAUGAAGUGUUACCGAAGCAAUGCCUAUACUAUCACAACAAGUUCAAGGAUGGCCAAAAAGAACUAUGUUGGCAUUUCAGAAAUCCCUCCCAUAGCCAAAACUGUAACCAAAGACUCAAUCUAUGAUUCAUUUGACAGAGAAGCCAAGGAAAAGAAGCUUGCUUGGCCCAUUAACUCAAAUCCACCAAAUACUUUUGUCUGAUUUCUCAGAAUUCUUUCAAUUAUUGUUAUGUGUCAGAGAUUAAAAAGCUUUAACUAUAAAAACAAAAUUUUUACAUUUUUUUCACUCAGCUGAGUUAUUUUGUAAAAUGUACCCAUUUAUUGGUAAUACUUGUGGUUUUUAUUCUAGUUGCUUUUU